AGAAGUUGGGAGUGGUGUGUGUUAGGUCAGGGCUGUGAUUGGACUGCAGAGUCCACUGGGGGGAGGAAAGCAAAAGUAAAAGAGUUGGGGAGAGGGGAGAAGCCCUUCCUGCAUCCACCCCAAUGCACGUUCACCCAGGCCCAGAAGCAGGGUGCAGCACUCGCCUGGGGAGGGUCCAUAUGUGUGUCAGGGUGAUGCCAACAGAUGCUGGACCCAGGAAGCUCUCUUCCUCAAGUCAGCCCGCUAGGCCUCCAGAGACCGGCUUGCCAACAGCUGGAUUUGAUCACCAGCUUGCAAAGUGAGGUCAUGCAUCUGGUGGAAUAACAGGCAAACUUUGCUUUCCGGCUGUUUUUAGAGGAUUUUCACAGCAGCGGCUGGAAACCAGGAGACCACCACCUGGACCCUUGAGUCUUCUUCGAGGGGCCCAGCAUAGAAGAUUCCACCCCUGGGUGUUUUGCAGGACGAUGCUGGCCCUUCAGCGAGCUUCUGCUGUCCUGGUUCUGUUCCUCUCCGCCUUUGUGCCCCCGCCACAGUGUGCUCAGGACCCAGGCAUGGUACACUACAUCUACCAGCGCUUUCAAGUCUUGGAGCAAAGACUGCAAAUAUGUGCCCAAGCAACGAAGGCAUACAUUCAAGACUUCCGCGAGUUCUCAAAAAACAUAUCCGUGAUGCUGGGGCAGUGCCACACCUACACAAGCGAGUACAAGAGCGCAGUGAACAACCUGGCACUGAGGGUGGAGCGCGCCCAGCGGGAGAUUGACUACCUAGAGUACCUUCGGGAAGCAGACAUGUGCGUGGAAUCAGAGGACAAGACGCUGGCAGAAAAGCUACUCCAAGAAGCCGAAGAAGAGAAGAAGAUCCAGACUCUGCUGAAUGCAAGCUGUGACAACAUGCUGAUGGGCAUAAAGUCUCUGAAAAUAGUGAAGAAGACUCUGGACACAGAUGGCUCUUGGAUGAAAGAUGCUGCCAGCAACUCUCCAAAGGUUUAUUUCUUAAUCGGAUCCAGAAAUAACACCGUUCGGGAAUUUGCAAACAUGCAGGCACUCCUGGAAGAUAGCACCAAGCCAGGCCCCCGGAAGCUGGUCUUACCACAUUCCUGGCAGGGAACAGGCCAAGUGGUCUACAAAGGUUUCCUAUUUUUUCAUAACCAAGGGACUCCCAAUGAGAUAGUCAAAUACAAUCUGCAGAAGAGGACCGUGGAGGAUCGGAUGCUGCUCCCAGGAGGGGCAGGCCGAGCCCUGGUCUACCAGCACUCCCCUUCAACUUACAUUGACCUGGCCGUGGAUGAGCACGGGCUCUGGGCCAUCCACACAGGGCCAGGCCUCCAUGGCCAUUUGGUUCUCACAAAAAUUGAGCCUGGCACGCUCGGAGUGGAACACUCAUGGGACACUCCAUGCAGCAGCCAGGAUGCUGAAGCUGGGUUCCUCUUGUGCGGGGUCCUCUACGUGGUCUAUCGUUCUGGUGGCCACGGCCCGCAUCGCAUCACUUGUGUCUAUGACCCACGGGGCACUAUCAGUGAGGAGGAUCUGCCCAACUUGUUCUUUCCCAGGCGGCCGAGAAGUCAUUCCAUGAUCCAUUACAACGCCAGAGAUAAGCAGCUCUAUGCCUGGAAUGAUGGAAGCCAGAUCAUUUACAAACUCCAGACAAAGAGAAAGCAGCCUGUGAAGUAACGCAUUACAGCCAGAGGGAGAGCGCCCUGGCCUUGGAAACUGCUCUCCAGGACACUGAGGCCACAGCCCCCCUGCAAUACUGUCUCCCUCCAAUCACACACAGUGAGAGGGUCUAGAAGUCGGAAUGCAUGUGCCUCCUCCCAGAUGUUGCUGCCUUAGAGAUCUUCCAAGAGCUUAAAGGAGAGUCUGGCAUUCAGAAAUUUUCAACAACUUGCAUUACCCGUCCAAACGUCUUGCCAUCAAGGCCCUCCACAUUCUGAUCCAGUUUGCUUCCAGCCUUUUCUUUUGCUAGCAUUGACUCUAACUCUACCUACCCCAUCCCUCCAAGCAGUCGGACAUGCAGGCCAUCCUCUGAUACUGCUGGCUUUUCCCUCCUCUGGCCUUUGCCCAGAUGCUUUCCUCUUUCACAAAUGCCUUUUGAUAUUCUUCGGUAUUUACUGCCUAACUAAAGUACGCUUUUUUUUUACUGAUGUUUAAUCUGGAUUUCCCCUAGCUCCGCCUCUUUACCAAGCUAGGCAGAUAUAAUAAUAAGGUAAACACAUUAGCAUUUGAAUACCACCUUCCAGGUGCAAAGUGUUUGCACCUUUGUUACACAUUUAAUUCUUAUCAUGGGGUUGUAUGCAGAACAAAUUUUUAAAGUUGCCAUUUUAGAGAUGAGAAGAGCUUAGGUGAGCCAUUGAAAAUAACAUAGUUACAAAAUGAAAGGCAGAGCAAUAAAAUACUGCAAGUCCCAUAGUUUUGUCAUUGCCCAAGGAAGCACCAAAUACAGUGUGUCUCCAAAAAAUGUAUGCACCCUUUAACAGCCGGCAGCUCAAUUUUGAAAAUGAAAUGUAUUUUAAUAAACACUGCUUUUAUAAUUA